UUGCCGACAGUUGUGGACACGUGUUAGCGAUGUCUGUCAUUCACGUCAAAGACAUGGAAGAGUUUAAUAAACUCUUAAUCAGAGACACUUUAAUUGUGACCCACUUUAUGGCCGAAUGGGCGGAACAGUGUCUUCAGAUCAAUGAUGUCUUCACCGAAUUGUCGACAAACAAAGACUACGCGAAUGUUAUAUUUGCCAAAGUGAUCGCCGAAGACAUUCCCGAGUUGUCGAAGCAGAUGAAUGUAACAUCAGUUCCCACUUGUAUUUUGUUCUCCAAAGCAAAACAAUUGUCUCGAAUAGAAGGCGCAGACGUACCACAACUCACAACACAAGUCAAACAACUGGCUUUCAAAUUGGGAUCAAAUACCGGCAUCACUUCCAGCGCUUCCGACAACAAUAUAGACGUGCGGCUAAAGGCGCUGAUCAAUAGGUCACCGGUGAUGGUGUUUAUGAAGGGCUCGCCGGACGCCCCG